AUGAUCUUCCCAAGGUCUUGCUUGGUGUUCUUUGUUUCUCGGGUUAACCAAUGGCAACAAUUCUCUUAUAGAGGGGAAACUUGGUCUAUUCUGAACAUUGUUGUUUUCGGAGGCAGGAUUUAUGCUAUAACAAGUGAGUAUCGGAUUGGUCUUCUCAGCGUCAAAACUUGUGAGGUGAUUCUUCUGAAUCUGAAAGGCUCACCUCAAUUGAGCGGCAUUGGUUAUGUCAGGUUCGUGGCUUCAAAGAACCAGCUUCUCAUUGUUGAUUUCCCUCCGGCGGCUUUCUAUCUUGAAGCCUUGAAUGGGGAGAUUCUGGGAAGUUUUCCUAUCAUGAAACAAAAAGCUGCUCCCAGGAUGAAUAACUGGUUUUUCCCUGACCAAUGUUUCAGCAUUGAGAAUGCACAUUGCUGGAAAGAGAGAAUAAUAGAAGAUCCAAUCAGGCAAGAAGGCUCCAGUAUAAAGAGAUCAUCAUCAUGGGCUGAUCUUCCACAAGAACUUCUUGAGAUUAUUUCUAAAAGUCUGAAUAUAGUAGACUAUGAAAACCUUGGUCGAGUUUGCAGAAGCUGGAGAUUGUUUUAUUCAGAAUUUAAGCAGAGUUUUUUGAAAUCUCAUUCACCAUUUAUUGUUUAUGCAUCAGCACGAGUUAAGAAGUAUUGUCGUUUCUUUGACAUAGCUACUCGAAUGAAAUACAAGACUAAGCUGCCUCGAUGUAUUUGCAACUUCGAAUUAAGUCUUGGUGUAUCAAGUGGGUACUUAAUUAUGCUCUCUCUCAAGACAAAAGAUGUUUCAAGGGAUUAUUUAUGGGUUAUAAAUCCUUUUACAGGACAUCAAAUCCUAUUCCCUCGCAUGCCCUGGGCUCCUCAUUGUGUUAAGGAUUAUCAUGACCCUGGCUUCUUCCAUAGCAUCUUUGUUUCCUUUCGGUCAGAGGGACACGAUUUUCUUAUUAUGAUUCUUGAUAAGUAUUGCUUACGCUUGCAGUUCUGUACUUCUAGAGAUAACAAGUGGAAAGAGUACAGUUAUUUUGGCAAGGGUUGGCAUAUAUUGGAUAUACUGUAG